AUACAAAUCUUCCUCUUCUCUUCUUCUUCUUCUUCUUCGAUGAUCUUAUUCUUGUAGUUGUUCAGAGUUUUCAUCGCUCGGUUUUCUGUUCGAUUUUCUUCAAGUUCUCAACUAUGGCGGUCGAUCUGAUGAGUUUUCCGAAGAUGGAUGAUCAGAUGGCUAUACAAGAGGCCGCCUCGCAAGGAUUGAAGAGUAUGGAGCAUCUCGUUCGUCUUCUUUCUCACAAGCAACCUUCAAACCAUGUCGAUUGCUCUGAUCUGACUGAUGCGACCGUUUCGAAGUUCAAGAAAGUGAUUUCGCUUCUCAAUCGGACUGGCCACGCCAGGUUCCGGCGAGGUCCGGUAUCUAAUUCGACGUCUUCCUCCUCGUCCGGUUCAGUUCCUCAAAAUCAGGCGAUGAACAUCACUCCUACUCCGUUUACUUCAUCGGCGACGGUUUCUGCUCCGUCGUUCACCGCUCCAGUCACCGUCGCUCAGCCACUGACGAAGGUUACUGCGGCGGCGAACUUUCUCCAGUCGCAGCCUCAGAGUAUGACUCUCGAUUUCACUAGGCCGAAUAUUUUGAACUCUAACCCUAAGGGAACCGAUUUGGAAUUUUCUAAGGAUACCUUCAGCGUCUCUUCGAGUUCUUCGUUUAUGUCCUCUGCUAUCACCGGAGACGGCAGCGUAUCCAACGGGAAAUUAGGAACCUCUAUCUUUCUGGCACCGGCUCCGACUGCUUCCGGCGGAAAGCCGCCACUCUCGGCGCCGUCAUACAAGAAGAGGUGCCACGAACACGAUUAUUCCGAAGAUUUGUCCGGGAAAUUCUCCGGUUCUACCUCUGCUUCCGGCAAGUGCCAUUGCUCAAAGAGAAGGAAAAACCGUAUGAAGAAGACGAUCCGAGUCCCGGCGAUUAGUUCCAAAAUCGCCGAUAUUCCACCGGACGAGUACUCAUGGAGAAAAUACGGUCAGAAGCCGAUCAAGGGAUCUCCAUACCCACGUGGAUAUUACAAGUGUAGCUCGAUGAGAGGAUGUCCAGCAAGGAAACACGUGGAGAGAGAUCCUAAUGAUCCAGCGAUGUUGAUUGUAACGUACGAAGGAGAGCACCGCCAUACACAGAGCUCCUUGCCGGAAAAUAUGGCCACCGGAGUAGCUUUAGUUUUUGAGUCAAGUUGAAGUUCAAGCCUGAAGAAAAUAAAUGGAAAAAAGAAAAAAGAAAAUUUGAAUUUUGACUUCAUUUUUUCUCUUCAUGAUGAUUGUACAUUACGAAAAAAAAAAAAUUGUUUAAUGGAAGAAAGAAUCUCUAUUCUAUCUGCCCAGCGCGUGGCUGCCGGAGUAGAAUUAAUUUGAUUUAAUUAA